AUGGGUAUCCUAAACGUGUUAAAGAAGCCUAUUACUUUAUCGAAAUUACCAGAGGGUACUUCUGAAAUUACCUCUGAAGCUACAGUCGAUUCCUCCGGGAAAGUUUUCAAUCCAAUCGAUGAGGUGACCUAUAAUUCAUUGAAACCUUGUCACCAUCUAUUGCAUCAUUUCACCAAGAAGGCUCACUAUGUUUCUCCAAGCGACGUCUCAAUUGUAAAUAGCAUUAAUAAUGUCUCUGUUGCUGAAAUAUCAAUAGUGGGUAAUAACUUAACUGUUGCUAGUAACAAUGGCAGUAAAUUAGUGGUUCCCUUAAUAUAUUCAAACUUUAUGCUAUUAGGGGAGAAUGAGGACUUAUUAUUAAAAUUCAAUGAUGGUUUGAUUCUAAAGAGUACUAAUGAAAAUAAUGAUGAAAUAUUAAAAAUUUAUAGAUUAUCAUUAUUGAGUUGUUUUGAACUAAUAUCGUUGCACAAAUCGAUGACUGGAAUUUUAAUCUCAAAUGUAGGUUUGAAAAUGAACGAUAUACAUAUAAUCCUAAAUAAUGACAAGUAUAAUUUUAAAGAUUGGUGCUAUAUCAAAUCUAUGGAUUCAAAUGUAAAAUCAGAAUGGCAAAAAUGUUGGGUUCAUAUCGAUAAAUCUAAGAAAAAAAACGCUACUAUUAAGUUCUAUAAAGAUAAUAAAAAUUUAUCCUCCAAAAAUAUUCUCUGUUAUAUAGAAUCAAAUACAGUUUCUGAUAUUUUUGCAGUCCCUGAUAAUGCGGGAUCUACUCAUCGUCAAUUUGUCGAUUCAGUUAAUUCAAUUUCAAUAGUGGGGAAUGUACUUCACAAUACUGCGAUAGAAUCGAGCCCAACUUCCCCAAUCAAUUCUCCUCAAGUUCAUAUGCGUUCUACUUCAAUUGCAAGUGCUAUGACUUCAAUGUCAAAUUUCUCAAAUACAAGUGCUGCAACCAAUAAUUCAAAUACAAAUUCAUCUAUAUCUUCUACAUCAACUUCAACAACUACAAAAUCAAGGAAACAACCUUUAAUCAAGUCCAAUAAUGUUGCCAUGAACCAAAGUGGUUUAUUAAUCAAACCUGUUGCUCAUAGCGGCAUUUCCCAAUUGGAAACUUUGAUUCGUUCUAUCAUACCAAUGAUAGAUGCGACUCAAUUAUAUGGUAGACCUGAAAGGUUCAUAGUAUCUAAAGAAGAUCCUAAAUCUUUAAUGUUUGCAUUUCCACGCCUGCCCCAAACUGAUUACUUUAACGAAGAAGAAACAAACAGUUAUCUAUCUCAACCGCUCCCAACUUUGGAUGAAUUAAUAGAAAAUGGGAAAAAUCCAUCAAGUAAUUCUUUGGCAGUAUCUGCAUUGGCUGAUUUUAUAGUGAAUUUCAGAAAAUAUGAAAACAAAUAG